GCCUGUGCGGCGGAGUGUCAGCAAGAAAUGUGUGUAGAAACCCCGAGCCCCUCACCAGAGCCAGCGAGGGGCCCCUGGAGCCUGGUUCAGGGUAAGGUGAAGGACUUCGUGGAGCCACUUGUGACCAGGACCAGAGAGAGGUGGCAGUGGUUCUGGGGCCCUAGGGCCUUUCGGGGCUUUGUGCAGACCUACUAUGAAGACCACUUGAAGGACUUGGGGCCCCGCACACAGGCCUGGCUGCUCAGCUCCAAGGACAGUCUCCUCAACAAGGUCCACCGCAUGUGUCCCCAACUUCUCUGUGGGGAAAGGAUAUAGGAUGAACCGUGUCCCCAGCCUCCACAAUAAAGAAACUCUUCUCUGUGUCCCUGUCCUAAUCCCUUCCAAGGCACCAGAGGUCACCCCACCCCCAGCAGUUAAU